CAACAACACUCGGAGUUUCAAGUGUCAAUUCUUCCGAGCUGUAGGACUACUAAUAACGAAUUUUCUCAGGUUGGAUCGGAAAUCAGCAACAGAGCAGCAACACGAUCAUGAAGCAAAGGAUCGUGAUCAAGGUGCAGAUGAGCGGCGACAAGAGCCGGUCCAAAGCUCUGGGCUUAGUCGCCAAGACACACGGAGUGCAGUCCGUGGCGAUAGAAGGGAGGGAGCGGAACCAUCUGGUGGUGGUCGGCGACGGCCUGGACGCCGUCAGCCUGACGAGCCACCUGCGGAAGAAGGUGGGCGGCGCGCAGAUCGUCCGGGUGGAGGUCCUCAGUGGCGGCGCCGACAGGACGAAGCCGCCGGCGAGCACCCCCACCAUCGCCGCGGGCCCGCAGCACCAGUGGCAGCCGCGCUACAGCGGCUACUACUACUCCCGGCCGGCCGCCGUGCACCCGUACCCGUACGCCGGCCAGUACAGCAGCUACGACGACGACACCCACCCCGACGCGGCCUCGUCGUGCGCCAUCAUGUGAUCGAUCCGCAGGCAACCGUGGAGCCGUGGAUGUAGUGUAUUUGUGUAGGAGUUCAUGUGCUGAUUAAUUCGAUUGGUUUAUUUGCUUGUGUAAAAUGUAGUGAACAAAUAGGAACCGGAUGGUGCCCGGCAUGGGAGGAAAAGUCUCGAAGCGUCCUGAUAGAGAACCAGACGACGAGACAGCUGCGACGCGACAGGCUAGAGCCCGAUCGGCAUCAGCUAGCUGGGCUCGUCUUCGGCCGGUCUUCCCCUCCUCUCCUUGGUCGCGCGGCUACCGAGCUCGUAUGCAUGCAUCAUCCUGGCAUCUUCUUCCUUGCCCUGUCGUCAGAUGUUACACAUUCCGACUUGAUGCCGGCCUCCAUGGCUCUAUUCCUUCAAGCUUUCCAGCUUUUCAACAAUACGGCCCGUCGAUCACAUGGUGACAAUACAGAUGUACAUGUCCAUGCGUAA